AUGAAGGGGAUUUCCACUUCCUCAGAUACGAAUGUGAUAAAUGUCGCUAUGAGUAGGAUUGAUAGUGGAAGAGACUUGGUUCAUGAGAAAUUAAACAAUGCUAUGCAAUUUCAAAAGACACAACAUGAGCAAAAGUUAAGGUUUCAAACGUGGAAGUUACUUACGAAAAAAGAGGUGAAAAAUAUCACUCUUACUGACGAGGAAAUCGCAUAUCUAGAGGAGAUUAGGGAGGAGUUUAUUAUAGAGGAACAAGAAGAUUUUAUAAUCCAAUUCGCUAUCCAAAAGCAUAUUGAAUCAACGUCCAGUAGGAAACCUGCUCAAAAAAAGAAGAGGAAGUUCAUAGAUCGUAAACGUGGGGAUGCCAAGGAAAGGCUUAUGAAUGACUACUUUGUUGAGCGUCCACUGCAUCCAGAAUCUAUGUUCCGACGUGUUACAACUACAAAUCCAUACUUUCAACAACGACCAAAUGCGCUUGGGGAACUAGGCGCGUCUCCUAUACAAAAAUGUAUUACUGCAUUAAGGAUGUUCGCAUAUGGAACACGUGCUGAUUCAGUUGAUGAGUACAUAAAGAUUGGGGAAAGCACUGCAAGAAGUUGUCUUCUCCAUUUUGCCCAAAAUUGCCCAAGAGGUUGGAAAGGGUUGUAUCAAAGAAGAAAUAAGCAUGCAACAAUCAUCUUAGAAGUUGUGGCCUCUGAUGACUUGUGGAGUUGGCAUGCUUUUUUUGGAACGCCUGGGACUUGCAAUGACAUAACUGUCUUGAGAAAGUCUCCUAUUUUUGAUGAUAUUUAUCAAGGUAAAGCUCCUGAGGUAACUUAUAAGGUAAAUGGGAACACAUACAAUAAGGGUUACUACCUCACAGAUGAUGCGUUGUUUACAAGAUGCCAAGAGUCAGUUAGGAAAGAUGUUGAACGUGCAUUUGGAGUUUUACAAGCACGAUUUGCAAUCAUACAAAGACCAUCUCUUAUUUGGGAUCAAGAUUUAAUAUGGGAAAUAAUGUUGGCAUGUAUCAUUCUUCACAAUGUGAUUAUUGAAGAUGAACAUGAUACAUACAGAAAUUAUAAGGACACAACUGAAUUCGAACAAGAUAAUAUUCAAUAUGUUGCUGAACCAUCUUCCCAACCACGCAAUACAACUUACCAAGUUUGA